AUGGCCGGUGAGGGUAAUCUCUCACGCGGCUCAUGGCGAGCCUCAAAGGCUCUACUAGUCUUCACAGCCACGCUUGGGCUUUUCACUGAGAACUUCCUCUACGGCUUCGUCGUCCCAAUCCUACCGUACAUGAUCGAAGUACGACUAGGUCUGGACCCAGCAUACACUCAACGAUUCACAACAGAGCUUCUCUUUAUCCUGGGCCUCAUCUCGGUACCUUCAGCGCCUAUCAUUGGACACUUUGCAGAUAAGACAACUAGCCGCAAGGUACCGCUUUUGAUAUCGCUCGUGGGAUGCACGAUUGGCACACUCCUAGUUGCAUUGACUCCAUCAGUAUGGGCAGUAUACGUGGGUCGAAUGCUUCAGGGGAUCUCGGGGACUGGAGCAUGGAUCGUCGGAUUCGCUAUGUUGACUGAUGCGGCAGGAUCUAGGCAUCUAGGCAAAGCUCUGGGGUCUGCUGGAUCCUUCAUCACCGCGGGAGUGCUGACCGGGCCGGUGAUUUCGGGAGUGUUGCUGCAAUGGGCUGGCUACUGGGCUGCAUGGUCUGUGCCUUUAGCACUCCUUGCGAUCUGCUUCGUUGCUCGCUUGACUAUGAUCGAAGAGAGACCGACAGAUGAGUCGAAGACGUCGACUAGCGAAGCUCAAGGUCAAGCUGAAGACGAGAGAUCACCACUUCUGUCGUUAGAUGUCCGCACUCACGAUGAAGCGGCGGCAACUCUACUAGAAGAGGCAAAUGUGCCAUCUUCUCGCGGAUACUAUAGCAUCAUGUUCAGCAAGGGAAGCACAUACGCCGCUCUCUUCAACGUCACGGCUUUCUCAAUGAUCAUAUCAGGUUUCGACGCGACUUUACCUGUGCACCUCAGAGACGAAUUCGGCUGGCGUCCUGCGCCAGUAGGUUCCAUAUUCCUCGGCAUCCAAAUCCCCAGUAUGAUUCUCGCACCAUUCGUGGGCUGGUUACGGGAUCGAAUAGGCCUUCGCUGGCCUACAACGCUAGGGUGGGCACUGAGCACCCCGUUGUUUUGGUUCUUGGGCGUGCCUGGCAAAGAUAACUUCUUGGGAGUCGGGAAUGGGCCUAAGGGGCAAGCAGCUUUUGUUGCGGCCAUCAUUGGGUUGGGAAUCAUCUGGUCGUUUGUAAGAGGGGCAGGAACUUUUCAAUUGACAAGUACGUCUUCACUUACCAUCUGCCCUACCUGA